AUGCUCUGGGUGGCUCCUUAUCAUUUGUCUUUUUGUGUGAGAGUGUGUGUGCAGAGUGGGGAUCUUCUUCCCAUCAUCAAAAAGGCCUUAUUGGCUUCCCCUGUCUGCCUUUCUCCGCCCGUCCGUCUAUGGGUGCAUUACGUAGCUGAACGCUGCUUUUCGAGCUUCGACCUCGCGUUUCUGCCCCUCAAAAUGGAGGACGUGGCGACGACGCCGGUGGGCAUGGACAUGACCAUGGAUAUGACCGGCUCUACUAUGAAAAUGCCGAUGAAGAUGCACAAAAUGUGGAUGUGGUUCCACACCCAUGUCGAGGACACGAUUCUCUUCGAUUUUUGGACGGUCAACACGGCUGGGGAAAUGGUGUACUCGUGUUUCAUCCUCCUCUUCCUGGCCAUCGGCCUUGAGGCUCUAAAAUGGGCACGGUGGAGGGCCGAGCAGCACUGGGAUGGAAAGCUACCUGAAACAUAUAUCGGCAGACUGUUUCACCACGCUCACUUGGUUCAGGUGCUGCUCUUUUUCAUCCAAAUCACCCUCGGCUACUUGUUGAUGUUGGCGUUUAUGACGUUCUCGAUUUGGGUCGGGCUGGCGAUUGCCAUCGGCUCCGGCAUCGGGUUCUACUUCUUCGGUAGUCGCCCCGUACUCCCCAAUCGUUCGCGGCCAGGCGAGGAGUGCUGUGGA